AACCCACCACGUUCAGAGUUGUCAAAAGACCAUCCUACUGUAGUACUGUUGACUCCUACGGGGAUUCAGUGGUGUAAAAAAUACAAACUCAUAAGCGCGCCCUCCCUCUCUCUUAUUUGUUAUUUCCCUCGGAAAUAGUUUAGUACGAAAAUUAUUAUCGGAAUCCUAUUUGUUUAUAUUAAAAAUUUGAUUAUUAAUAAAAUUACGCAGAAAUUACACGAGUUUCACGGGUGCUUAUUUUUGUAAAAUACUUUCACUCUAAUAUCUUUAUUCUUUUUUUUUUUUUUAGCUGAUCCCUUCCAGUUAGAUUCUGCUACAACAGAUCGAAAAUUAAGAGGGGAUAAAGGACAGACUUAUCGUUGCAAUUGGCGUAAGUUUUCAAUACAAGUUUUGAGGGGAAGCUACUAUGGAUGCGAAAGCUGCGCAAACGUUGCAACUUUCAGCUAUGCUUCAACCAGAGACGAUGCGGUCAAAACCCAGUGGCGCCUCUUCUCUGAGAAUAUCACGUGAACCGCACAAAAAGUUUCUCCGGGUUUCGGUUUCGGUUAAGUUGCAGCCUGUAAGAACUUCCAUGAUUCGGCGUAGGGUAACACCUUUGGAGGUUACUCGUUCAUACGAAAAUAUCGCAGCUUCGACAUUGGAAUCUGGAACCUGUCAUGCUCCUCUUGAUGAAGAAUUGAUUUUGAAGAGUAGAUCACAAGAGAUCGAUCCAUAUUUAAAUGGACGCUGUAUAUAUCUUGUUGGAAUGAUGGGCUCUGGGAAGACAACUGUGGGGAAGAUUAUGGCACAAGUGCUUGGCUAUUCUUUCUGUGAUAGUGAUGCAUUGGUGGAGGAGGAGGUUGGGAAUUCUGUAGCUGAUAUAUUCAAGCACUAUGGAGAAGCUUUCUUUCGCGACAAAGAGACUGAGGUAUUGCAUAAACUGUCCCUGAUGCGUAGAAUUGUUAUUUCUACUGGUGGAGGUGUUGUUAUUAGGCCCAUCAAUUGGAAACAUAUGCACAAGGGUGUCAGUGUUUGGUUGGAUGUGCCGCUGGAAGCCUUGGCACAGAGAAUUGCUGCUAUAGGAACUAAUUCUCGCCCCCUCCUACAUUAUGAAGCAGGAGAUGCAUACACCCGGGCUCUCCUGAAGUUGUCUGCUCUUUUUGAAGAAAGAGGUGAUUCAUAUGCCAAUGCCAAUGCCAGGGUCUCAUUAGAAAAGAUAGCAGCAAAACUGGGUCACAGAGAUGUGUCCAAACUGUCACCAACUGCUAUUGCAAUUGAGGCAUUGGAACAAAUUGAAGUCUUUUUGAAGGAAGAAGACAACAAUUACGCAGAACACUGAUAAAAACACAAACACAAGCAUUGUUGACGUGUUUAUAUUUUUUUCUUGAGUUGUGAUAUGCAAUCCAGGCCAUGAUAAAUUGAUAAUAUCGUGCCAUGUCAAUAUGUUUCGGGUUCAAAAAAAGUGAUGAGGCCUGGCAUAUGUUUCUGCAUAAUUUGUGUUAGCAUUAAGAAUAAGCUGAGAAGCUACCACCAUUGUUUAUGUUUUGUUUAUUGAUGUAUAUAUAUAUAUACUUGUAGUCGAGUUUGAUUGAUCUGGUUAUGUAUUUUACUUACUCCAAGAGAAUUUUUAUGUUGUGAA